GUAACGCAUGCGCAAUCAUUGCUUCCGCGACGUACCUAGCCAUCUUUCCAGUCAAGCAAAAGUGAUUGUUUUCAGCUUUAGUCUUAUUUAACGGAACUUUUAUUAAUGUCAGAGCCACAGUCCGCGCUUCUACUACGAAAACAAUUAGCAGAAUUAAAUAAAAACCCAGUAGAAGGGUUUUCAGCAGGCCUUAUAGAUGACAAUGACAUAUAUCAGUGGGAAGUACUCAUUAUUGGACCUCCAGACACAUUAUAUGAGGGUGGGUUUUUCAAAGCACACUUACAGUUUCCAAAAGAAUAUCCACUUAGGCCACCAAGAAUGAAAUUCAUAACAGAGAUUUGGCACCCGAAUAUUGAGAAGAAUGGUAAUGUAUGCAUAUCGAUUUUGCAUGAACCUGGAGAUGAUAAGUGGGGCUAUGAAAAAGCAUCAGAACGGUGGUUACCAGUUCAUACAGUUGAGACCAUUCUUAUAAGCGUUAUUAGUAUGCUUGCAGAUCCUAAUGAUGAAAGUCCUGCUAAUGUGGAUGCAGCCAAAGAGUGGAGGGAAAGUUAUACAGAAUUUAAAAGAAAGGUGGCGAGGUGUGUCAGAAAAAGCCAAGAGGAGUGUUUGUAGGAGAUGAACAAUUAUUCAAAUGGAAAGACUUAUUUAAUUCUGGGAUGCCGUAAGCACUGUAAGAAAGAAACCGAUGCUCAGCAUUAAGCUUAUGGAUAACAGUGCCACUAAAAACGGAUAAAGCCUGACCCAUUCUUAAACAGAAAAAGGGAGGCAGAGUGUGUGUGAAAAGAAAAGAUAAAACCACACACUUCUAUCAAGUUUAUACCACCGCCACUGACGUACCAUCCAUCGAUACGAAGAACAUAAAGGAAAUACAUGCAGCUCACCUUUUACAUAAUAAACUAAAAAACUAAUUUACACGUAUACAUAAUGCAAAAAAAUUAUCUGUACGAUUAUUACCUUAAUAUUGAUAGUUAUGAACUUAACUUCCCAGUUCCUCCUGCUCAAAAGCUAGCCCCACCCUUCAUACCUAAAAGCCCUGUAAUUUGAAAUGUUUAUGUUUAUCAUUGAACGAUAAUUCCUUAGUGGCGUUUCGUAUUUUCUUACUUUCGUAAAUAUAUAUAAAUAAAUUUUUGUAAAGUCAAGUUAAAUGUAAUGCCAGUAAAAAAUAGAAACGAAAUAUAUGUGAAUCAACUGUGACACUGCGACAAAACAUAAUGUCGAAUAAGCUGUACAAUCGCGGCUAUGUAAAGAUAUAUGAAAUUUCCGUUGAACCGUAAGUUGCCAAAAUAACGAAUUCUAAUUAAAGUGAUAAUAAUACUAAUAACGAUACUAUUAUUAGAAAUAUACUAUUAAUUACAUUAGUAAACGUAACGUGAAAUUGCGUACACUGCUACAAAGACUUUAUGAACAUUUUAAACCAGUGCCAGUUUGUGAAGUGACUGUUCGAGUGAUUUUUUUUGUUGAUAUUUAAACUUGCGGUUCUGAACUAUAGAUACGUUCAAAUUUCAAGAAUUUUUUUGUCCAACUAGGUAUAAUUUCAUAUUGUCAAUUAAAUUCUACAAUAUGACAAA